AUGUCUCUUUUACGUCAAUUGAGCCCGUCUUCCGCAGCAGUAGCGCUGCUGUCUUUGACAGGCGCAUUGUGGCCAACCAACGCACUUGCGGGGAGCACCAAUGACAACAGCGACGGAUACAAAUUGAGAGAGGAUAUCCCAGUGUCAUGUCUGAAUCGAACCAUGGAAGGAGAACAUGUCACUGACAAUCUCGGCAAACUCCAAUACGUCCCCUUCGUGACCUGCAACGAAACCGCCCGCCCUCUCUCUCUCCACUACGGCAUAUCUGAAACAAUAACAUGCACCAUCGACUCCCUCUCCGAUGAGAUGUACCACCUCCUCGAGUUCUACGUCCAUUCGGAUGUACCAAUGAGCUGCCGCGUGCCAACAGCGCCGCUGACACCAUCCACCAGCGCAGAGCACGCGGACAAAGACUCGGACCAGAAGUCAGGCGAAGCAGACACCCUCUCCGCACUAGCCGACAACGGGCCACCCUUCACGCCUCUCACAAUCGCGCUGCAGGGCACACUCCAACUGAGCCAUUUGCACAUCUGGACGGAUAUGAACGUCGUAAUGCACAACAUGGCCUCGGACGCGGCUGCAGAACAAAACACCAAAACUCGCGGUGGUCAGUCUCUGCAGCCUGGCUUCGUGGUUGGCGGUGUUGCAUACUCGACUCCCGAGUUCGACAACACCGGCAAGAAUGCCAAGCUCGACGAGGACGAGGAGCCUGUUGCCCUUGCUCAGGCGGCACGCGAGCCGUGGACUGCUGGGCAUGGCACUAAGGUUGUGCGUGGGGAGCCGCUUACCUUCUCUUUCCACGUUGCAUGGUUGGAGGGCGGUGCCAGUAUUGGGUGGCCGGUGCGGCCUGCUUUGGAAUCGUGGCUGGCUUUGGCGACUGGGUCUGGGAAGAGCUCUGGGUCUUUCUUUUCCAAGCUGGUGUUCUUUGUUAUGGCGGCCUCUGUUGGCGCUUUAGUUGCGCUUUUCUGGGAGCGCAAUGGUGGGCGUUGGCGUGGGCGAUCCGCUUGGCAUGGAGAUGGGCUUUUGGGUGCGACCCCCGUCCGUGGAGCGAAGAGUCCUGGUGUUACCUUUGGCAAUGGGGGGAAGAACAAUGGCUAUGGUGGUUACUCCGGCCCUACUAUUGGCAAUGGCAAUGGGAACGGGCUUGGAAGUGGAUAUGUCUUGCCAACUGGAAAGAGGGAUUAA